AUGGCUGAUGUGCCGUUGAAGUCUCACGAAGGCAACCAUGUUGGGGAUGCCGUCUACUUCAACCACCCCACGGAGAGCUGGGUCCGCGGCACCAUAACGACUAUCAACCGCGUGCCCAAAAAGGACGGCUUCACGCACGUGCUGUACGGCUGUGCGGUGCUCUUGCGUGAGCGGUAUCUGCCCGCUGUGAGCGAUGAGCGUGCCGCCGCGCAGGUGUACCCGCUGCACGCUCAUGAUAUUCACCACAUUGUUGAGUCCUGCGUGGAGCCAGCACCUCACAACACUUUGGAUGACCUUUUGGAGCUGUCGUACCUCCAUGAUGCGACGCUACUCGAGCAGGUGCGUGUGCGGUACUUUGAGAGUCUCAUCUACACGCAUAUUGGCCCCAUCAUGCUCGCUCUCAACCCGUACGACUUCACACUGCCCAACUAUACCGAGGACAAGAUGCCCAAGUACAUUGCGGAAGGCCCUGCCGUUGUUGAGGCGCGGUCGCAUAACUUGCCGCAUGCGUGGACGGUGGCGCAUUAUAGUUACUGGCUCAUGUCCACCGAUAACUGCAACCAGAGCAUCAUCGUCAGCGGUGAGAGCGGUGCGGGAAAGACCGAGACUGCAAAGAUUGUUGUCAAAUAUAUCGGUGCCGUUUCGACAACGCAAUGCAGCCAGCAGGAGAAGUCUGGGGCCGCCGAAAUCACCACAAAGGUCAAUCUUACUUCCCCUAUUCUCGAGGCUUUCGGUAACGCAAAAACCAAAAAGAAUGAUAACAGCUCACGCUUUGGGAAGUUCAUGAAGGUGUUCUUCAAGCAGACACCCGGUGGUGGCGUCAUGACGGGAGCAUCGAUCAAUGUGUACCUUCUCGAGCGGUCACGUGUGGUGACGCAUGGCCAAGGAGAGCGUGGCUACCAUAGUUUCUACCAACUCCUCGCCAGCAACGGCAGUGCGGAGAAGCAGAGCCUCUUCAGUCGCCUUCAUCUGACGUGCGCGGAGGAUUACCGUUGCACCGCGACGGGUGGUGCCACAAAAAUUGAAGGGGUGAACGAUGCCGCUGACUUUGACGCUGUGGUACGCGCAAUGGAAUUCGUCGGCAUGAGUGUUUCGGAGCUGAGCAACGUGUGGAACACUGUCGGGGCGGUGCUGCACCUCCUCUCUUUGGAGUUUCGUCCCGUGAGUGAUGAUGAGUGCUGCAUUGAUAUGACGGCAAGGGAUGCUGCAGUACAUGUGCGGAUGGUGCAGGAGUUGCUAGGACUCCCCGACGACACAUUCUUUACGGAGUUGACUACAACGACGCAAGUCACACGCGGCGAGCGGAUUGUGCGUAAGCUUCGGCAGGCACAGGCAGUCGACCUCUGCGAGGGUGUCGCCAAAGCUCUGUAUGAAGCACUCUUUUUGUGGCUUGUGGCGCGCAUCAAUGAGUUGAUUAGGCCACCACUUGGCGACAAUGCUGCUGCGGUGUCGUGGAUAGGGUUGCUCGACAUAUUUGGGUUUGAGAAUUUUUCGCAAGGCAACUCUUUCGAGCAGCUAUGCAUCAACCUGGCGAACGAGACGCUGCAGAGUCAUUACAACAGCAUCAUCUUCACACGUGACAUUGCGGAGUGCCGUAAGGAGGGGAUCAAAACGGACGGAGUUGUCUUCUACGACAACCAGCCCUGCCUUGACCUCAUUUGUGGCACGGACUUUUCCCAGUGUGGGCCUGGUGGUGCGUCGCGGACGACAAACAAGCUGUCGAUCCUGCACUUGCUCAAUGAGGAAUCGGCACUCGCGAAGGGAAGCGACUUGGCCUUCCGCGAGAAGGUCUGUGACGCUUACGGUGGCCGGCUGCUCGAUGGAAAAGGCCGCCAUCCCAACUUUAUGCGGGUCAAGACGGACCGUAGCUCGUUUGUGAUUAAGCACUACGCCGGCGAGGUGACAUAUAAUGUUGAGGGGUUUCGUGUCAAAAACAGCGACACAACGAAGGAGGCGCUCAAGGAGGCGAUUCGAUCUAGCACGAUUCCGCUCAUCGCAUCACUGCUUGACGGCCAUCUUUCCGAGUCUGGAUCCUCCGCGACGUCUACAGUGAGCAGCUUCUUCAAGAGCCAACUUGCGCAGCUCAUGACAGAAAUCAACGGCACACAUCCACACUGGAUACGGUGCAUUAAGCCACACGGCGCGAAGAAGCCGCGCAUCUUCAAUGGCAGUGAAGUCAUGACGCAGUUGCGCUCCGCCGGCGUCCUUGAAACAGUCAAAAUUCGCCAAAACUCCUUUUCGGUGCGUCUCCCAUUUGCAGAAUUCCUGCGAGCGCACAAAGUUCUUUGGGGGAGUGUGCCACCGAGCAUUGGAGGCCUUGGCCGUUUCACAGGCAGCGACUUAGGUGCUUUUCAAGCUCCAUUUCCGCCAGGGCUCAGGGGCCGCGAGGCCGUGGCGGAGAUAUUGCGUCGCGCAGCCGUCGACUCUGUGCACAAUGCACAAGUUGGAAAAACAAAAGUCUUUCUCAAGACAGAGGCAUCGCAGCACCUCUCUUCCGUCGUGCGUGCAGUUCAGAAGGCUUGCACACUGGUAUUUCAGGCUUCUACACGACAAACUCUCUCGAGGCGUACUGUACACAUGCGGCUUCUUCGGUACCAGCUUAAAAUGAUUAUGGCGGGGGUGAACUGUGUGUGGUCGCAGGUGUUGGCGCGCCGGAAAGAGCUGCGGAUAAAGGAAAUGCACCUCAUUCAGAAAUUCCGCGUCGUCCUCCUAAUGCAGACAAACGAAAUGGCGCGGCGUGAGGAAUUCGAGGAAGAGCAGCAUGCAUCUUUGGCGCGUGUACUUGUGGUGGAGGCGGAGGACCGCGCUGCCAUUCUACGCCGCUGGAUGGAGCGGAAGCGGCAGGAGGACAGCGAGGCUCGUACGGCGUUCAGCAUGGCGGAGCGAGGGGCCCGGUGCGCUGUUGAGAGCGAAGAGGUAGCGUGUCGUGAGCGGCUUCGUGACUACAUGGAGUUUAACACACACGAGGAGGACGCGCGGGAGGAGGUGGAGCUCGAGGAGGCGACGGAGCGUAACUCUGUUCUCGGACGCGGACACAAACUCUUGCUGGAGCGUCUCAUCGAGUACCACAAGCACAUUGCUGAGGGGCAGAAGUCUGAACUCAUCAAGUCCGAGUCUGCGCGCCGCAGCAGCGCUACAAAACUUGAGGCCGCCGCGUUUGACACAAUAUGUGCAAUAAUGAGCCUCAUUCUAGCAGAGGUGUCGAGCCGGGCUGUGCUCAUCUCCGACGAGGUGGAGGCGUUCACUGGGUACUGUAGCAGGCGCGCUGAAGAAUGGUCAGUGGUGGAGCGGCAUUGGUGGGCACGCAAAUCCAUCACCGAUCGGCGUGCAGUUCUUUUGCUGCAGAAGGCUGAGGCGGAGGCCCGCCGCGAGGAGGAGUGUGCUCAGUUGGCAUCGCUUGCGGCGCUGCUCGGAAGCGUGGCCGAAAAUGAGCAACAUGCGCGGCGCAAGGAGAUGGAGCAACUUUCGAUAGAAGAGGAGGAGAGAAAGCUGCUAGUAGAGGAGCAACUUUCCAGGGUACAGGAGAUAGAACAGCGCCGUAACGACGCCAUCAGGGAAGCGGCGCAGAGACUUUGGUGCAACUUCCUCGAGGACGAGCGGCUUGUGAAAAAGGCCAGAAGGCUUGAGGAGGACAUAAAAGCCGCACGCACCGCCCAGGCGCGGCUAAUGCGAGACUACACACUCAUGUGCAGACGCAAAGAGGUCGAAAAGGGCAAGCUGGGUUCCAGUACCACGAACGUGAGCGAGAUGAAGAAGCUCGAGGAGUACCGUCAGCGACAGAGAGGCCUCUCACAGUCAAUCGCUGCUACCCAGAAGCUUUUGCUCGAAACCGAGACAAAGUUGAUCGUCUUCCGCUCCGCCAACGGACUGCACUCCCUCACGCGGCGGGAACCAUUGGUGGCUGCGGUGGCGUCGACCACCAACCCCGAGGCGCAAGCGGGUGCCUCGCUCACGCAGCUACGCCGCGUGUCGGUGAGCGGUGAGGGCUCCAUGAACCUAAUUCACCGCAUGAACGUUACGAAGGGACUCGCGUGCGGCCGGGCACGAGAGUUCAGCAUGACGCCCAGUACCAUCGCUGCCGCCGACCGACUGGAGGCAUACCACCGGGCGCGAGAGCGGCGUAAGUGCAACGCGUCGCUCAGCGGUGCGACCCCACUCCGCGCCCCGCGCAGCACAGUGUCGCCGUCACCGGCUGUACGCAGCGCACCGCCGAUUGAGAGCUGCGUGCAACGGAACCCCUUCAAACCGGACUGGGCCCCGGGGCCACCCGACGCGGACGGAUCGUACUGGGUGUUCACGCCGAGCGGUGAACAGGUACCGCUCGUCUCUGUAGAGCUUCACGACCCGACUGGUAUCCACGUCUUGGACUCGGAUCAGCUUGUGUACAAGUACUCGCCGGACCCCCAUAUCCCCGUGCUUUAG